UGAGUUUAUGCUGGCUGAUGUCCCACUCAUCCCGAUCGCCGCACCUCUGACAUUCCACAGCCUCGCCCGGAAGCGCAAUCUCUUUAAGCGACCGCCAUAGGCUCUACGUUCACGAUUUAUUGCUCUUCUCGAUCGCCACUCGGGUGCAAGUCGACAAAUCAGGUCGAGAUUCACUUUGUGGUGCUCGCUAUCGUGCCAAUCGCACCACCGUCCCUCAGUCAAACAGCAGCAUCGCAGCAUCGCUGGUCGACGUUCGCUCUCCUCUCUGUAUCGCAAUCUCUGAAGCCGAAGCCAUCCCAGUUCCUCCAGUGCCUUCUCCAACCCCUCUAGUACUUCAAGAUGGGUGUGCGCGACACACUCAAGAAGAAUCUGGAUCCAGAGACGUUUGUGGACAGCGUGUCGAAGCUGGGCAGCGGUUUCGCGGCGAUGAUGAACCCGAAUCACCGACACGACGAAGCGCACGAAAAGGAAAAGGACAAGAUUCUGCAAUCCAUUCGCGAUUCUCACAGGUUCAACUCGUUUGCCGGUGUGAGAUCUGGCAACCGCGCAAAGUGGUAUUCGGAUGGUCACGAUUACUUUUGGGCAUUGUCUGAACUGCUUGACAAUGCCAAAGAGACGAUCUUUAUCCUCGAUUGGUGGCUCACCCCGGAACUUUAUCUCAGGCGUCCUCCUCACCUGUACGAGGAGUGGAGGCUGGACAGACUGCUCAAGCGCAAGGCGGAACAAGGAGUUCAGGUUCGAAUUAUUGUCUACAAAGAAGUGACGGAGACGAUGACGAUGAGCUCUGCACACACCAAGCACGCGCUCGAGGACCUGCACCCGAACAUUCGCGUCUUCCGUCACCCCGACCACAUGCCGCACGGGGAGAUCACUCUCUUCUACUCGCACCACGACAAGGUGGUCGUCGUCGACGCUGAGUACGCUUGCGUCGGUGGACUUGACAUCUGCUUUGGACGAUGGGAUACGCAAUCGCACCCCCUCUCCGACUGUCACCCCUUCGCCAUGCUGGAGCGCACGCUGUUUGUUGGCCAGGAUUUCAACAACGCUCGAGUCAUGGACUUUGCCAAAGUCGACGACUUUAUGAACAACCAGCAGAGCAGCCUGAGCUUGGGGCGCAUGCCAUGGCAUGAUGUGCACGUCACCUUCACCGGUCCUUCGGUGCUCGACGUCGCUUACAACUUCAUCGAGAGGUGGAACUUCGUCAAGGAGCUCAAGUAUGGCAAGGGGUACAGCCUCAUCGCUUUCCCGCACGGCGCUGUUCCCGCAUCGGAUGUGCUUGAAGAGCAUCAGGAAAUCGCUCGUCACCCUCACAUGGAGCGCUUUCACGAAUAUGGAGAGAGGUUCAUGCAUCCAUGGCACCCCGAGCGCAGAAAGCUUCAACUUUCGGAUGGUGGCUCUGUGGGCGCCAAUGCUACCAUGGACGUGCAAGUUGUACGCAGCGCUGCGGACUGGUCGAGCGGCAUCUUGACCGAGCAUUCGAUCCAGAACGCUUUGAUCGAGCUGAUCCAGACCGCGUCGCACUCUAUCUACAUUGAGAACCAAUUUUUCAUCACAGCCACCCAGCCUGGACAGGUGGUCAAUUGCGUUGGGGCAGCCAUUGCGAACCGAAUCAUCUCGGCAGCGAAGGACGGCAGGCGCUUCAAGGUGGUCAUCGUCAUUCCAUGCAUCCCUUGCUUCGCAGGCGAGCUUCAGGAAGCGGCGGGAAACCGCACCAUCAUGCAGAAGCAGUACGAAUCCAUCAAUCGUGGAGGCAAGUCCAUCAUGGAGGUGAUCAAAGCUGCAGGCUACGAUCCGCACGAGUACAUCAGCUUUUGGAAUCUGCGCGGCAUCGACCGCAUCCCGAGCGGCAUUGUGCGCGAGACGGAACAGGCGAGCGGCAUCACUUACCAUCAGGCGCAAGUCGCGCUCGCCAGGGUAUAUAUCGGUGAUGCGGCAUACCAGGACGGCAGAAAGAAAAUCGCCAUCAAGGUGCCGAGCAGCGAGCCUGAUGCGCCACUCGACAAGGAUGGCAAGAAGAAGCUUUCGACCGUCGAGGAAGUGGAGAUGCCUGCAACGAGCCAAGAAGCCUUGGAAAUCCUCCGGAAAUUUGCGAAUGGAACGCCCGAAAGAGCGAGGGGCUUGCAGGACUCCAUUGCGAGCGCGUUUUUGCACGGCCAACCUGACAUCACGCAGUCACAAUGGCAGGGGUCGGAAGAGGAGGAAGUCAAUGCUUGGGUUACUGAAGAGACUUACGUACACUCCAAAUUGGCUAUCUUUGAUGACCGCACCGUUUUGAUUGGCUCGGCCAAUCUGAACGACCGCAGUCAGGCAGGUGAUCGAGACUCUGAAACUGCAAUCGUCAUCGAGGACCAUGACAUGUUCGAGAGCAAGAUGGAUGGCAAGAAGUACAUGGCAAGCCGAUUCGCUGCUAGCUUCCGCAGACAUCUCUAUCGCCAGCAUCUUGGCUUGGUCGCACCACAAGAGUGCACGCCAGAGACUGCAAAAGACCAGCCCACUCCAGCGCAGCGUCCUGCUCCGCAUCCCUUCCCAGAUCCCGAGCGCAAGGCUCAGGAGGAAGAGUGGGAGCAGCUCGUCGAAGACCCUCUCUCUCCCGAGCUGGAGGAGAUCUGGCGCAGACAAGCGCGCACGAAUACCGCUAUUGUCGACGAGCUCUUCCAGGUCGUGCCUUCCAACCGAGUUCGCAAUUGGAAAGACUACGACAGCUUCUUUGUCGCCCGAGGAGCACGCACUGGUCACAUUGCCGAACCUGGCAAGCGAAGCGCUCAAGAAGUCAGACAGAGAUUGGCGGGCUACAAGGGCUCGCUUGUUGAAUUUGCCUACGAUUUCAUGGACGGAGACAACUUUGAAAAGACAGACAUCACUACCAGCAAGGCUCUGCUCGACCUCUACACUUAGGCAGCCUUGCGCUUCGCUGCUAUUGGGGGCAAAACCUCGCGUAUCGCCAAAACGUCACACUUUCAGUGACUGUGCUUUGUGCUCUCUGACUUCCCACCUCUGGCCAGCUCCUGGCUCAGCGAAUGUACCGAAUGUGAAUGUAUCCGUUCCGACCACUUACGCGAAGUUCACGUGGUUUUCUGUAUUGACGCUCACGCAUGGCGGUCAAGAGAAAGAGGUCUCUUGUGCCAGCAGCGCUUUCAGAAUCGAACCGCCUCCUUACAUGAUGGCGAAUC